UAAUUCAUUUUUUAUUUAAAAGUACAUAAUUAAAAAAUAAUUAAUUAUCGUGAUGAGGGCGUUGAAUUCGCGGCUAGUUCUGAUCGACAUCAACAGCUCAUGGCAAGCUUCCCGCCGGUUGAUCUCAGCCACCGCAACCGCUUUUUCAUCCGAUUCCUCUUCCUCAUUCCGUCGAACACGUGGUGCGCGUCAGAGAAUCUCUUCAUCGAAAUCUCCGGCGUCGUCACCGUCUCCUGUACGGAGACCAUCUGAUGGAUUCAGUUUCGAUGUUCGGUCACCGUCAGCUGAUUCGUCAAACUCUGCGUCGAUCUCAUCUCGGAAGUCACCGAAGACGGCUCCGCCUACGGUGGAGCUCGACGCUUUCCUCGAGAUUCUUCCUCCGGCAACGAGGAAGGAGCUAGUUAAGCACGAGGCGAUUGAGGAAUUGAUCGAAGUGGUGAUGGAUUUAGGGAGAAAGCCACUUGCUAGAUUCCCUUCCGGCGAUUGGGUGAUCUCAGAACAGCCUGUGACACACCAGGAUCUGGAGCUUGCGGUAUCAAAAGUUGGCGAUUUUUCUGAUGAUAACCGAUCGGGGAUUGACAGAUCCUUGCAUCGUAUAAGCGCUAUACGUAAUCGCAAACUGCAAGUAAUUGGUCUAACAUGUCGAGUGGGUCGAGUAGUAUCUGGAAGUGCAGAGAUUAUAAGAGACUUGAUUGAAGGAGGAGGAUCCAUCUUGGUCAUAGGAUCUCCUGGAGUUGGCAAAACAACUUUAAUCAGAGAAAUCGCACGGAUGUUAGCUGAUGAGCACAGGAAACGUGUAGUUAUUGUUGACACGUCAAAUGAGAUUGGAGGUGAUGGUGAUGUUCCGCAUUCUGGAAUCGGUCGUGCCAGGCGGAUGCAAGUUCCAAAUGUGAAUUUACAGCACGAUGUUAUGAUUGAGGCGGUUGAGAAUCAUAUGCCUGAGACAAUCAUCAUCGACGAGAUAGGAACUGAGCUUGAAGCUUUAGCUGCUAGCACUAUUGCUCAACGAGGUGUUCAGCUUGUUGCAACUGCUCAUGGGAUGACUAUAGACAACAUAAUCAAAAAUCCUUCUUUGCAGAUUCUUAUUGGUGGAAUUGAGAGUGUGACUCUUGGUGAUGAAGAAGCAAGGAAAAGAAAAGUGCAGAAGACAAUUCUUGAAAGAAAAGGACCUCCGACAUUUACUUGUGCUGUAGAGAUGAUAUCGAGAACUGAGUGUCGUGUUCAUCAAAGACUAGAUGUCACCGUUGAUGCUAUACUAGCUGGGAAAUCCGCUCCAUUUGAGAUCCGACAAAUUCGUGGCGAAGAUGAUGUUCCUCAUAAGUUAGUGACUCCCAUUCCUUUGGAGAAACUUGAAGAGGAGCCUGCACCAUUGCUCAACAGAGAUUUCGUAAGUGAAGUUCUGUCUGACGAUGAAGAUGAAGAUUUUCUUCCCAUUCGGUAUAAUAAGGCCAGCAGUAACACAUACACGAGCCCAAGAAGCUCACCGGUUCAUGUUUAUACUUACAAUGUCCUUGAAGCUGAUCUCCUUCAAGUAGCCGAAGUUAUGGGCCUAGACGACGAAAUAGAAGUGACAGAUGAUGUUGGAGAAGCAGAUGUCAUUCUAGCCUCAAGUUCUGAAUUGAAACAAAAUUCGUCGAUCCGUCGUGUUGCCAAAUUACACAAGCUACCGAUAUUUGUCAUUAAGUCAACUACUAUGGCUCAGAUGGUGAAGGCAGUCCGAAUGAUCCUUGGAAGAGAAUCAUUUGGCUCAGCCCCUAAAAACAUUGAGAAAUCUUCUGUUGAUGAUAUCGAGAUCAAAGAUGAUGCUCCAGAGAGCAAACCCAGUUUAGAAGAACUUGAUGCCCUCGAGGAAGUCCGUCUAGCAAUAGAAUAUAUUGUAAUCCCGGGAGGUGAACCAGUGGAGCUUCUUCCUAGACGGUCAGACAUAAUAGUUAGGCAGCUAGAGCUGGUGGAGAGUUACCAACUCGCAGUUGAGAACCUCGGCACUCACCUUAAUCCGCGCCUUCAGAUUCUUCCUCGCCGAUCAACCAAGAAGACGUUGUCAUCUUCAUCCCCCCAAAAAGCAGCAGAUGAUAGCAUGGGGACUACGGGUGUGCCUAUUAACAACGCUAAAGGAGAGAAAAUGGUUCUGGAACCUCUGAUGAACAGUGCACAAAGACGAAAAUUGGGGGAUAUAACUAAUUUGCAGAAUCAGAAGAAUCUAAUGAAUCACGGAGGGAAGCAGCAGCAACAAGCUAUAUUAGAAAACAUGAGACUGAUGAAAGUCGUCACUGAAAGAGAUGGAAUCAAAAGUGAGCUGAAGAAACUUAAGAUUGACUUUCAGAAGGUUCAAGAACAGAAUUUGCUCCUUGCCCAGGCAAACACUCGUAUCUUGGCGGAGUUCAAUACAAGCAAAGACCAACUGAAGGUACUUCAGCACGAACUUGGUUGCAAGAAUGGGUUAGUCAUGGCCAGGAAAUUACAGCUUAAGGAGCAAACCCUUCCAUGUACACGUCAUGCAACAAAAGUAAAGGCUCAUGCAAAUGCUUGUGGUGGGGCUUGCAAAACCGUUCAGCCAAAUGACGCAGAUCAUGAGAAUGCUUCAGAGAGCUCUAACGUUAACUCAUUGCAAAUAAUUGAGAAAGCCAACAAUAAAAGGAGAGUUUCUGGAAGGAAGAAUCCUGCCAAUUCCGAAGUAUUAGAUAUUAUUGAUAGACUGGCAGAGACAUGUCCGACAGAAGACAACAUUGACAACAAGAAAUUGGUCUCUGAUGGUGACAAUGCUGCUGAUAAAAAGGAGGUUUUGCUCGAUGCUGAAGACCAUAUAAACGACAAUGUCCAAAGCAAGAGGUAUUGUGCAGGAAGGCAGUCUGCCAGUUUUAAAACUCCAGACACUGGUCAAACGGUAAACUUGCAAAAAGUGGUUGACACCAGAGAAAAUAAGGAGGAUGCAAGGGUUUCUUUGAAAAAGCAUCCUGACUGGGUAAAAUCUCAAGAACCUGAGCCAUCUGAAAAUCCAUACGAUUCAAGGUUCCCUUUGAGAAGGCGUUCUGCCCGGUUAAAAUCUCAAGAACCUGUGCCAUCUGAAAGCCUCCAUGAGUCAAUAGAGACAACCAGGAGGAGGAGGUCUGGGAUGUUCAAUAUCCAAGAGCUGGGCGUUAUUCAGAACUUGAAGGGUUUACAUGAUGAUCAAGAAAUUGCUGCAAAGGCCGGAUGCUCUGCGCGUGAACAGUCUACCGGGUUUAAACCCGAAGCAGUAGAACCACAUGACACAAAACAGAUAACCAGGAAAAGCAGGAUAUCUUUGAGAAGACAGUCUGCGAUCUUUAAUUUCCAAGAGCUGGGCGUGACUGAAAACUUGAAUGGUCUACAUGAUCAAACGAUUGCUGCAAAUGCCAGAUGCUGUGCAAGUGAACAGUCUAUCGGGUCGAAACCCGAAGCAGCAGAACCACAUGACAUGAAAGAGACAAUCGGGAAAAGCAGAGUCUCUUCAAGAAGACAAUCUGCAAACAUUGAAACUCCGAGAGCCAUCAAAGAAUCCGCAGAUCCGCCUUUGCAUGAUGACAUUAUUUCGGAGUCUAGUCAGCGUACUGAUUCUGCCUCUAUCGUCAAGUCUCUUCCUGGUUUUGAUGGCCCUCUUCCCUUUGAGCUCGAAACCGGGUAUAUUGGUGUUGGUGAUGAAGAGGAAGUGCAGUUGUUUUAUUACUUUAUCAAAUCUGAGAGGAAUCCACAAGAAGAUCCUCUUCUUCUCUGGUUAAGUGGAGGACCUGGUUGCUCUUCUAUCUCUGGUCUUCUUUAUGAGAAUGGGCCUGUGGCUGUGAAGCUUGAGGUUUACAAUGGAACUCUUCCUUCCUUGGUCUCUACUACAUAUUCAUGGACUAAGGUUUCAAAUAUAAUAUAUUUGGAUCAGCCUGUUGGAACUGGCUUCUCCUACUCAAGAACUAAACUUCUUAACAAACCCAGUGAUUCAGGAGAAGCCAAGAGGAUCCACGAGUUUCUUCUCAAGUGGCUAAGCAAGCAUCAAGAGUUUUCCUCCAACCCUUUCUAUGUCGGUGGGGAUUCUUAUUGCGGUAUGGUCAUUCCGGCACUCGUUCAAGAAAUCUCAAAAGGAAACUAUGUAUGCUGCAAACCUCCAAUAAAUCUUCAGGGCUAUGUUCUCGGAAACCCAUCAACAGAAAAUGAAAUUGAUAUGAAUUAUCGCAUUCCAUAUGCUCAUGGAAUGGCACUGAUCUCUGAUGAACUCUAUGAGUCAAUGAAGAGAAUCUGCAAAGGAAAAUAUGAAAAUGUUGAUCCACGUAACACAAAAUGCUUGAAACUCGUUGGAGAAUAUCAGAAGUGCAUUAAUAGAAUAAACACAGCACUUAUAAUAACGCCAGAGUGUGUAGAAACAUCUCCUGAUUGCUAUAUGUAUCGGUAUUUGUUAACUACCUACUGGGCCAAUGAUGAGAGUGUGCAGAGAGCUCUUCAUGUCAAUAAGGGGAGUAUAGGAGAAUGGAUACGUUGUUAUCGGGAGAUACCUUACAAUCAUGACAUUAAAAGCAGUGUACCGUACCAUAUGAAUAACAGCAUCGAUGGCUAUCCUUCUCUCAUCUUCAGUGGGGAUCACGACAUGGAAGUACCUUACCUUGGAACUCAAGCUUGGAUUAGGUCUCUUAAUUAUCCUCUCAUUGAUGACUGGAGACCUUGGAUGAUAGGCGAUCAAAUCGCUGGAUACACGAGGACUUAUGCCAAUAAGAUGACAUUUGCUACAAUCAAAGCAAGUGGACACACACCAGAGUAUAAACCAGAGGAGACUUAUAUCAUGUUCCAAAGGUGGAUCAGUGGUCAGCCUUUGUAACUUGAAGCCAAAUUCUACAUUUAUCGUUUUCUCAAUCACAAAUUCCCACAGCUUUCAUAGUGUUUAACAUGCUCUUGUAAUAAUUCUGUAAUUGAUGAUAAACGAAUAUUGUUUCUGAGGGGUUCUUUUAUUAAUUUAGUCUAUUGUUGUCGUAUGCUCUAAAUGAAUAAGAUUUGAGACGAUAAACGAAUUCAUAUUGC